AUGAACCAAUCUGAAAGAGAUCUAAUAGUUAAAACGGUUGGAGGACCUACAAUUGAUAUGAGGCAAAAGGAAAUUUCUUCUACGAAAAAUGAUGCGCAAAAAGUGUCUACUUUGGGUGGGUUUUUGGCUGGAGGAGUUGCUGCAUGUAUGGCAGUCACGUUUACAAAUCCCAUUGAGUUGAUCAAGACAAGAAUGCAGCUACAAGGUGAAUUGGUCAAAAAGUCCAACGAUGCAGUAGUGUUGUAUAAGAAUCCGUUACAAGCUUUUGCGGUGAUCUAUAGAAAUGAAGGUUUGAGAGGAUUGCAACAAGGGUUGGCAUGUGGUUAUUAUUACCAGUUGGCAUUAAAUGGAUGUAGAAUUGGGUUUUACGAGCCAAGUAGAUUCUAUUUGAGUAAAGCUUUUGCUCCUUCGCAUAUUAUGCCAGAUGGUCAAGUCAAGCAAAGCUUGUUCAUAAAUGUUCUCGCUGGUUUUGUGAGUGGUGCCUCUGGUGCCGUUUUGGCUUCCCCAAUGUUUUUGAUAAAAACGAGAAUGCAAUCUUUCAGCAAUUCCAAUACCGGUGGGGCAGCUGUGGGUCAGCAGACUUUUUAUAAGAAUACCUGGGAUGGGUUUACCCAGAUUUACCACAGUGAAGGUAUUAAAGGGUUAUAUAGAGGUGUUGAUGCUGCAAUUUUGAGAACUGGUGCCGGUUCAGCUGCUCAGUUGCCCACUUAUUAUUUGACCAAGAGUUUUUUGUUGAAGCAUGGUUUAGUUAAAGAGAAUUCCUUCAGUUUGAAUUUCAUUUCCUCCAUCAUGGCAGGAUUGGGAGUUGCCAUUGUGAUGAACCCCUGGGAUGUUGUGUUGACAAGAAUGUACAAUCAAAAAGGUAAUUUAUAUAGUGGGCCAAUUGAUUGUUUCAAGAAAACUAUCGCAGCGGAAGGUGCCAUGGCAUUAUAUAAAGGAUUCUGGGCUCAGUUGUUUAGAAUUGGUCCUCAUACAAUUUUAACCUUAUUAUUUAUGGAACAAUGUAUGAAAGGAAUGGUCCUGAUUGAAAAGAAAUUAGGGUCUUUCAAAUAA